CUGAAAAUGACCCUUUCACGUCAUUUAAACAUCUUGGCUCGAGGUGAAAUGCUCCAUUCAUCGCAUGCCUACUGGCCCUCUUGAUGAAAUUGAUCUCACUGACCCCAGAGUUUGUUUGGAUCGACACGGAACGGGCACAAAUGGGGAACAAGGACAGAUCAAGUUCAACGGUGCAUGAUGGAGAAACGACCGCAGAACCCCGAUAGAUCGACAAGCAGCCGACGGAUUGCCACAACCUGAGCCGGACAUUGUCAUACACACGGACAGCAAGACCUGGUCGAUAAGGCAAACAUGUCCAUCUGUCGGCUGCUAUACGUGCCUUGCUAAGAUCGGCAACACAUGCAUCCAACCACAGCGCAGCAGAGGAGGGAACCAUCCUUGCUGUUUACGUCUAAUGGCCCAGCAUCGCCUCGAGUAUUACAGGACGGAUGUCAAGGACAAGACUUCCGCAAUAGCUGCCAGAAUUAAUUACAACCACUCGAGUCGGCCAAAAAGACUGCUGGACUGCCCCAGGGAUAUAGGGACUGAGCAUAUUGGGCAUUCGGCAUCUACUUCUCCGUAUGCUUGUCUACUAGACCCAUGUCAUCACCAUCUGGCUUUGGUAUAAAUAACCACGUCCCAUCACAUCUCCUCCAAAAUGAUCUCCUUUGUCUUGUUCCCGUCGACGUGCCACAGCAAACCAAGCUCUGCAGCAGCUUCAGUUCUGUCCGCGUACCUGUCUCUCCUUUUCAUCUUUACUCAAGAUCCAACAUUCCCACGCCCAUCAUGAAGCGCGCGCUCUGUGCCUCCCUUUCCCUGCUCGCGGCCGCCGUGGCCCAGCAGGUGGGAACUACGGAACAGGAGGUUCACCCCAAGAUGACUUGGAAGAAGUGCUCCAGCGGCGGUUCGUGCUCGACCGUAAACGGUGAGGUCGUUAUCGACGGCAACUGGAGAUGGAUCCACAACAUUGGUGGCUAUGAGAACUGCUACAGUGGUAACAAGUGGACCAACGUGUGCAGCACCAACGCCGACUGCGCCACCAAGUGCGCCAUGGAGGGUGCCAAGUACUCGGAGACUUAUGGCGUUAGCACGAGCGGUGAUGCGCUCACGCUCAAGUUUGUCCAGCAAAACUCGAGCGGUAAGAACGUCGGUUCUAGGAUGUACCUGAUGAACGGAUCCGACAAGUACCAAAUGUUCACGCUCAAGAACAACGAGUUUGCCUUUGACGUUGACUUGUCGACGGUCGAGUGCGGCAUGAACAGUGCCCUCUACUUUGUUCCGAUGAAGGAGGACGGUGGCAUGUCCACGGAGCCAAACAACAAGGCCGGAGCCAAGUACGGAACUGGUUACUGUGAUGCCCAGUGUGCCCGUGACCUGAAGUUCAUCGGCGGCAAGGGUAACAUCGAGGGCUGGCAGCCGUCCAGCACCGACAGCAGCGCUGGCAUCGGUGCCCAAGGUGCUUGCUGUGCCGAGAUCGACAUUUGGGAGUCCAACAAGAACGCCUUUGCCUUCACGCCUCACCCUUGCGAGAACAACGAGUACCACGUCUGCACCGAGCCCAACUGCGGUGGCACCUACGCCGAUGACCGCUACGGUGGUGGCUGCGACGCCAACGGCUGCGACUACAACCCCUACCGCAUGGGCAACCCCGACUUCUACGGCCCCGGCAAGACUAUCGACACCAACAGGAAGUUCACCGUCAUCUCCCGGUUCGAGAACAACCGCAACUACCAGAUCCUCAUGCAGGACGGCGUAGCCCACCGCAUUCCCGGCCCCAAGUUCGAGGGUCUUGAGGGUGAGACCGGCGAGCUCAACGAGCAGUUCUGCACAGACCAGUUCACUAUCUUUGACGAGCGCAACCGCUUCAACGAGGUUGGAGGCUGGUCUCAGCUCAACGCCGCCUACGACAUCCCCAUGGUUCUGGUCAUGUCCAUCUGGUCCGACCACUUUGCCAACAUGCUCUGGCUCGACUCUACCUACCCGCCUGAGAAGGCAGGCCAGCCCGGCUCUGCCCGUGGACCCUGCCCUGCCGACGGCGGCGACCCCAACGGUGUCGUCAACCAGUACCCCAACGCAAAGGUUAUCUGGUCAAACAUCCGGUUCGGCCCCAUCGGCAGCACCUACCAGGUCGACUAAGCGAAUGGCUAUGUAUUCUGUUUGUUGCCCAAGUCGUCUGCUCCUACCGGCUCCGAUACCAACGUCAAUCCCAGGCAGCGUUCAAGCCUCUUUGAGGCGACAAACAGGGGCUAGUCACUCAGAAAUCAUGUGCAAAUUAAAUCGGUUGGAGGAUUGUGUAUCUUGGAGGAGCUCUUUUUUGAAGAUUGUAUAUAUUCUUUUCAUUUUCAACUUCUUUCUUUUGUCGCAGAAUAAAAGACAAGUUUUAUUUUACAUGUGGUUCCUCAGGUUCUCCUAAAUGUUGCCAAACUUGGCAAUAUCUGUUGGGGGAAGCAAUGGAGAAACGUGAAUGCAAUCAAGGCGCUGGAUCAUAGAAAACGAGGUAAAUGGGUGGUGCAUGGAUCAAUUACGCAACCAUGGCCAUGGUCAGUUUGUGUUCUGCAAGCGAGUCGAUAAAGAGGG